AUGAGCUCGUACUUUUCCUCCUUGAAGUCUUCCUCCUCCAUAUCCAAUGUCAUCGGGUCACGACUCAACAGCCUCCGUCGUGCUAUCACCGUAGGUGACGAAGCGGACGACCCGGACAACGAAGACUGCUCGCACAUUUCCAACGCCCUCCGCGCCUACUACAUCGAGAAAGGCCGCCCAUUCCCUUCAUGGCUUCCCCCAGACCCGAAAGCGCCCUCUUCCACAUCUUCCCGCGUCAUCGCAACCAGCCAGGGCCAGGGCCAAGGUUCCGCCGCCAAUGGUCGUGGUGGCGGUCUGGGUGAUCUAUGGGGAGACUCGGGUUCCGCUCAACCACCACCUACACAGACAUCCAGUCUCCGCCGAGGUCGAAACGCGGCAGGUGCCCCUCCACUCAAUUCUAGUGUCAGCUCCCCCGCAGGUCCUGUGCCUCCGUCUGCAGGAGCGCCGCUCGCACAUGCCCAGUCGAACCCCUCCAUCCCGGCCUCUCUCCAACCGGCCGGAGCUCGGCCUUUGCCUAGCCAGCGGACUGGAUCAUAUCAGUCUUCUCAAACACGGAUGAACUCUGGAGGGUCAGGUGGCUCUGCGCAGGAACGACUGCGGGCGCGGUUGCAGGGAGGUCGGUCUCCUAGUCCGGGCAAUCUUGAUCCGAGUGUUCGAAAACCAGUUGGGGAAAGACGAUGGUAA